AUUUUAUCGUUGGCUCUUUAAGGUUCAGGCCAAACAAAAUCCCAUGAAGGAGCUACAAAUCAGGAAGUUAUGUCUGAACAUUUGUGUUGGUGAGAGCGGUGACAGACUGACUCGGGCUGCCAAGGUUCUUGAACAGUUAACUGGACAGCAGCCAGUCUACUCCAAAGCUCGAUACACAGUGAGGUCCUUUGGAAUUCGAAGGAAUGAGAAAAUUGCAGUUCACUGCACUGUGCGAGGUGCCAAGGCUGAAGAAAUCUUAGAGAAGGGCUUGAAAGUGAAGGAGUAUGAACUGAACAAGGAGAAUUUCUCAGCCACAGGAAACUUUGGGUUUGGCAUCCAGGAACAUAUUGAUCUUGGUAUCAAGUAUGACCCAACUAUUGGUAUUUAUGGAAUGGAUUUCUAUGUUGUACUUGGCCGUCCAGGAUUCAAUGUGGCAAAGAGAAGAAGAGCAAAGGCUCAUGUUGGUGCCCCUCACAAGAUUUCUAAGGAAGAGUCCAUGAAAUGGUUCCAGCAAAAGUUUGAUGGAAUCCUCCUUGCAAAGAAAAAGAAGGCCUGAAUUAUACAUUGAAUAAACAAACAGAAACAACA